GGACUCUUUUCAGCAGCUCAUUGACUUCUCUCACAACACACUACCCAUGGCCACAGCCUCAACGUCCUGGACAACAGUCCAUGAAUUCCUCCAGAACAGUGAUGAUGAAACUAUUGCUUGUUUCAACCAAGUCAACUGGGAUCAGCUCUGCCGAAUAGCCUCCGACGCCAAUCACAGCUUGAGCUGUGUGGCCCUGGACCAGAUAACUAGCGGACUCAACAACGUCGUCCGUCAACUCGAGUUCUCCAACAAGACUCGCUGGGCAGCCCGAGUUCCCAUCAUAAGAAGUCAUCCUUCUUAUUCCUAUGGCAAACUCCUACAGAAUGAAAUUGCAACAAUGCAGUUCAUUCAUGACAAUUCCAGCCUCCCAGUACCCCAAGUCUUUGUCUACAACACCGAUAUGAAUAAUGCUGCAGAAUCUGCUUUCAUGCUCAUCGAAAUGCUUCCCGGUAUUGUUGCUAUGGAUGCUCUCGGUGGCCACAAAGUACACCACGGCGUGAUACCCGUAGAGUACCGAAAACCUUUCUAUCAAUCUGUGGCUAAGUGUCAUGUCCAGAUGACAUCACUGCGACUCCCGAAAAUCGGAACUGUCAUCCGAAUGGAGGACGGCGGAUAUGAGUCGGGCCCUAUUCCGGGAAUCGGCGGUCCGUUUGAUACAGCGGCGGCCUUUUUUGAGGCAUGGGCCGAUCACGUCAGCUUCAAGCUCGACAAGGAAACGAUCACAGGCAUGAUGCAGAGAGGACCAAUCUCGGCGGAAAAGAUGAUCAAGAUUAUCGACGACUUCCCUCGGCAGAUCAAAGGCAUGGCUAAACAACUCCCUUUUUCCAACGACGGACCAUUCCCACUAUCCCACGAUGAUUUCCUCCACAGCAACAUCAUGGUGGACGAGGCCAGCUUCGAUGUGACAGGAAUCAUUGAUUGGGAAGGGGCAUUCACGGUCCCGUGGAGUCUCAUUGGCUACCCCGAGUUCCUUUCGGUCAUGCCCCGGUCUUUUGAUUUGCCCCAGCAUUACGGCCAAGAUGGGCAACCUCUCGAUGAGAGCGUGAAGGAACAGUGGCGCGAGCGGCGCGAGUAUCUGGAGAUGGUGAAGAUGGCGGAGAUGGCGGAAGGUGAAGACAGCCUGCUCUCAAACUCUCUCGGUAGCAACUUGAGCCAGACUUUGGCUUACUCGUACGGAGCAUAUACUAGUAUUGGGAAACUUGGGUUCUAUGAUAGAGUCGUGGCAGAGCUGAACGAAGGCACCGAAGUCACAAGUGUAGCAGUAUAAUCACGCUUCGAACCAGUCAUAGCAUGGUGGUCUUCAAGUGAAUUUCGCUGAGUCGCACGGGCCGAUAAUCAUAUGGGUUUAUUCAA